AUGUUGUACGUUCAGAAUGUUCAAGGUGGUUGCAGUAGGAUUCCACUGGGUGCCAAUGGUGAACGUUCGCCAGUCGAUGAUAACUUCAAGAUAUUGAUCGAUGGCAAUCCCGAAACGUAUAUACCAGAUCAUCCAUACAACGUGUCGCUCUCAUGUCCCAGCAACAUGAAGUUUGUUGGCUUUACGCUGGUCGUGGAAAGUGAGGAUCAGUCGGCUGCCUACAAUGGACAGGAUGUGACGGGACACUUUGAGUUGUUUAGCAAUUCAGAUACCAAGUUCAGUGUUGGCUGUGAGAACAUGAUCGAGGCCACAAAUACCAAUGCCAAGACACGUAUCGACGUCUCCUGGGUGGCACCCAAGCAACCCGACAGCGGAUGUGUCCUGAUCAAGGCGGCCGUCGCCCAACAUCGGGAUGUCUGGUUUAUUGAUGAUGGUUUCCUAACCAAACGCAUCUGUGCCGAGGAGAUCGAUGAGUUGAAUAGUCAAACGCCUUCGCUGCAAAACUGUUGUGCCUGCGAUGAGGCCAAGUAUGAGAUUGUUCUGGAGCGAAAAUGGACUAGGAAUACGCAUGCCAAGGACUUUCCUCCCGAGGCCUGGCGUACACGCAUUGGGGAAAUAAUUGGCGCCUCUCACAGCUACAGCUAUCGAUAUUGGGCCUAUGGACAACGAGCUAGUCUAGGAGUACAGGAAUUGGCCGAGCACGGAGCCACACGCACUUUGGAGCAGGAGAUCAGAGAAAAUACUCAGAAUGGCGAGGUACGCACUAUUAUCAAGGCCCCUGGGAUUGGAUAUCGUAAGAAUGUCUAUGGCACCACAUUGGCUAAUGCUCGAGUCGAUCCCAAGCAUCAUCAGAUAUCGCUAGCUGCCAAAGUCGAUCCCUCACCAGACUGGAUACUAGGCGUAGCUGGCUUGGAAUUAUGCUUGAGUAAUUGCACCUGGCUGGAGCGUAAGGUAUUGAAUUUAUAUCCCUGGGACACUGGCACCGAUUCGGGACCUUCAUAUAUGUCUGCCGAUAGUCCACAAGUGCCUCCAGAUGUUAUUCGACGCAUUUCAUCGACUUAUCCCAGCGAUUAUCGUUCGCCUUUCUUUGAUGAUACGGGAGCACCAAUGAAACCAUUGGCCACGCUCUAUGUCACUAGGAAAAAGUUAUAUGUACGCGAAUGUGAGGAGGUGCCCCAGGAGGGUCCACUGGAGUGUGCAACUCAUCCGUGGAACGAAUGGAGCAACUGCAGCAUGCGUUGUGGUCCUGGCUAUUCCCAACGCAUUCGCAGCUUCAAAAACCCAAUGCUGGCGGCCAGUUAUAAUUGCGAUCGUCAUUUGGAGGAAACACGUGAAUGUCAGGGCACACAAUGCCGUACAGAAGAGCUAGACAAUGGAGAACUCGAUAGUAGCAACAAUUAUAGCAAUCUCAAUAGUCCGGAAUCGAUGGCCAAAUGUGAGCUAACCGCAUGGAGUGAUUGGUCGUCCUGCUCGAAGACCUGUGGACGUGGCUAUAUGAACCGUACACGGGACUACUACAAUCGCCAGGCGAAGAACCAUUGUCAGACAGUCAUGAGAUUGCCUCUGGAGGAGACCCAGCAAUGCAUAGGCUCCGAUUGUGGCGGCACCAUACCAGACAAUGGUGAACUGGACGGUCUUCCAGAGCCGGACGCUUUCGGCGAUAUCAACACAUCCAACAAUUAUAAUCCAGGAAGUUCUUGGAGUAAAGCCAACAGCCAAAACCGAUUGGAAAGUGACAGAAUCAACCAAGGCUGGAACAACAACAACUUGUCACCUUCAAGUCCGGUUGAGACUCAACGUGGCUAUGACAGCAAUUGGCGACAACCUGUCGAGCUGGAGAAUCCCAACUACAAGGAUUACAGGCAGGAUAACAGAGCCAACCUCAACUACAAUGAGAAUGAGCAGGAAAUGAAUUCCAACAACUAUGAUUACAUUAAUAAGCCACAAUUGAAGCCUGGUUUCAACUACGAUGACAAUAACAAGCCACAUUUGAAUUCUGGCUUUAGCACUCGGCCUCCAUUUAUACCCUAUCCGGAACGUGAGAACGCUGCAGAUAAGAACUACAACGUCGUACAGGAUUAUUGCUAUGAGAAACCCUAUGCCUCGACUCUACCCUGUCUGGCCAAUCCGGUAGUCGUGAAAAACUACUGGUACUAUGAUCACGAUGCCAAGGAGUGCCGCAUCUUUACCACGGACAACUGCGAUCAGAAUAGAAAUCGCUUUCGCACCUUGAUGGCAUGUGAAGGCACCUGUCUUCAGCCCCAAAUAAACCAGGCACGUACUGAGGACGACACAUUUGGCAACGUGCAGUCAAACGGUGGUGAAUUCACUGGUGGAUUAGGUCAACCAAUGUCACAGACACGUGGCAAGUACAAUAAUCCCCGACGUGGACGCUAUGGGAAAUAAUUAAAUUAAAUAAAGUACAAGA